AUGGUGCACUGUUUCUCCAACCUAAAGGAAAGAUCCUCGACAAUUAAACAGGUUGUUGACAAUGCAUGUUGCUCCAGUAGCCGAAGGUGCUGGCUGGCUGGUGACUUACUGCUGUUUAAUGAUGCUGAAGGAAGAAGUGACGUCAUACCACCCGUUGUUCAGAUUAGGGUGUUCUUCUGUUGUUUCACCAAUGAGAGGCUGGGAUGGUGUUCUGGCCCGAAGGCCCUAGUGGAAAGCUCGGGAAGUUCUAUAUAUUCUUAG